AUGGUGGAUCACAGCGUUGAGCCAAAAUUCACACCUGAGCAGUUAUUACCAUUUCUUCAUCUAUACCAGGCUUAUUACUAUGGCAUAUAUCCUGUGGUACUGGUGCCCGAGCUUUCUCCAAGGAUUUUGGCAAUUCCUUCAGACAUGACUGCGUAUACGUUAGCGGUGUCAAUUGCAGCCGCUGUUAGCAUCCAAUUACAAUUCCUCACUUCCCCUCCCACCCUGCUCGUUGUCCCUGAUGGAUUUGACCCCAUUAAAUUUGGCAUUGAGACCAAGCAAAUGAUCUACCAACUAGAUCUCAACGGGACACCACUGGUGGAUGCAGUCCUCAUAUACUUCUUCAUGUAUGUUCAUCUGAUUAAUGUCAAGGGGGGUAUAUCAGCGGGAAUCGCGUAUCUUCGUCAGGCGAUUGCAACAGCUCAAAUAUUACGGCUUGACGUUGAAUCUACCUACGCUCAAUUGACGCCAGCUAGAGCCCAUGUUCUCCGCAAAGUGUUUUAUCUACUUCUUGUCACAGAGAGAUUCAUCUCUAUUUCUCAUCGCAUGCCUCCCAUUCUCGAAUCAAUGAUUGCCCACCCUCGAUUGGCUGAUGAGGAAUACCAACAACUUCUUAAUGGGUUUGGCGAACUUGUGAAGGUGUUUUCCAUCCCACAUAAGCUGUUCUUUGACCUGAUAAUCCAAUACGGGGUAGGACUGAAGGAGCUUCGGCGUCAAUGGGUCAUCGAUGUGCAAUUCCAGCUUCAACUGAUAGAAGUUAGCGACGACAUGAGUGAGACGCAGAAGUUGAAUCUAUUAUUGCUGAAGUAUUGGAUGGAAAUGCUAUGCUGGCAUAUGUGUAACCGUCAAGGCAUCUUAGUUGACAAAACGCACGGGUUUGAUCUGUUGCUGGUAUUAUUCCCCAUCCAUGUAGCGUACAGCUUUUUGGAGGAUACCUCUUCAUUAUCCUUAUUUGCAUUUGAAAGUAACGGCCCGGGAGUGUGCAUUAAACUUUGUGAGCUUGGCAUAGGUCUUUGCGACCUGAUAUCGCUCCUUCAUGAUGACGAGAGCCACACUCGUAAUAUUGCUCACCACUGUUUGCUGCUGAUAUUCAGCUUAGUCACGCGUUUGAGAAAUGACCUUACGUUUCCUAACCAUUUGUAUCAGCGCAUUGAAGCAAUGGUGACGCUUGGCCUGAGCUUUGGGGUAGACGAGUCAACAUUUUUCUGA